AUGUGCUCUCAUCAGAUUCCCGUCUUUUCAGGGAGGCUCGGAGAACCUGGGCUCAGUGUCGGGAGCAGUGACUUGGGAGUUGCGGCGUCAGGGUGUGGGAAAAGGUACGCGGUAAAGGAGGGUCGAAGCGGUGGUGUGCUGCGUGACGGCGCGGCAGGUGCGGGUGCGUUGACAGGUGCGGGUGCGUUGACAGGGGGGGGUGCGUUGACAGGGGGGGGUGCGUUGACAGGGGGGGGUGCGUUGACAGGGGGGGGUGCGUUGACAGCGGGGGGGUUGCUGGGCGGAGUGAUGGCGCGGGCAAUGGCGCAGCAGCAGGGCAGAGACGCCGUGAGAGCAGGCAUGUUCUUUCGCGCUGAACGGGAGCGCCAGCUGCGCAGGGAGUUGGGGGGUGCGGGGGCUGGGAGGGGUGUGGGCGGAGUGGGGGGUGCGAGGGGCGCGAGGGGAGUGUUCUUUGGGGCCCCCAUGCUGCCCGUGGUGCUGGAAGACGUUAGACAGGCUUACACGGGGCGGCCAGAGGGGCAGCAGUCAGGGGGAAAUCAAGCAGGGGCGCAGCAGGCGGAAGGGCAGCAGUCAGGGGGAAAUCAAGCAGGGGCGCAGCAGGUGAGGGGACACCAGGCGGAGGGGCAGCAGUCAGGGGGACAGCAGGUGGAGAGGCAGCAGGCAGGGGGACAGCAGAGAGAGGGACAGUGGGCUGACUUCCCUGGUGGGAUGGCGAGGAGUGAGGUGGAGGGCGGUGCGGGUGGGUGGAAGAAACAGGCGCAUGGGCGGAAGUUAGGGCAGGACAAACGGCGAGGGCGGGAGGGAGGCGAGAUAGCAGAGAAAAGAGAGAAAGGAGGUGGGAGCAAGGAAGGAGCGGGCGGUAGAGGAGGAGGCGAGAGGAAGGGAGGAGGUGGGAGUAAUGGAGUAAUGGAAGGGAGCAGACAGAAGGGGCAGAAAGGGCAGAAGGGGCAGAAGGGGCGAAGGGGGGGUGGGGCAGAUGGGUUUGAAGAGCUCAUGUUGGCCGCAGCUGCUAUGCAGGUGGACGCGCGGGAUGCAGGGGGCGGGGAUGGGGGAAGCGGGGAUGGCGGAAGGGGGGAUGGCGGAAGGGGGGAUGGCGGAAGGGGGGAUGGCGGAAGGGGGGAUGGGGGAAGCGGGAGAGUGGGAUGGGGCGGGGAUGGCGGAAGCGGGGAUGGCGGAGGAAGUGGUGGGGGAGGGGAGGGGAGAGUGGGAGGGGGCAACAGGGAGAUGAAGAAGACUAGAAGCUUCCCGGAUAUGGGCGCCAAGGUGAGGGACUAUGGAGGGAUGUCAGUCCCGCUGAGCAGCCCCACCCUCGGCGCUCGUCGUCGCUGUGUGUGCAGCAGCAAGAAGCACCCGUGUUCUCCAACCCCUGGGCCCCUGCCACCGGCGAAACCAGCACCACCAACCCCAACAUCGGCGCUCGUCGCCGCUGUGUGUGCAGCAGCAAGAGACACCCGUGUUCUCCAACCCCUGGCUGCUGCCACCAGCAAAACCACAGCCCCACCCUCGGCGCUCGUCGCCGCUGUGUGUGCAGCAAGAGACACCCGUGUUCUCCAACCCCUGGGCCGCUGCCACCGGCGAAACCAGCAGCAGCAGCAGCAGCAGCAGCAGCAGCAGCAGCAGCAGCAGCAGCAGCAGCAGCAGCAGCAGCAGCAGCAGCAGCAGCAGCAGCAGCAGCAGCAACAGCAUGGCAAGAUGGCAAGGCGGUGGUUGCAGGAAGCCUUGGUGGGUGAUGAGGAGGACGGGGAUGGGGAGGGGAAUAGAAAUGGUGAGAGGGGUGGGCGGGGAGAGGGGGGUGAGCGGGGAGAGGGAGCUGGGAGGGGAGAAUUGACAGCGGCUGAGAUGGCAAGGCGGCGGUUACAGGAAGCCUUGGGGGGUGAUGAGGAGGAUGAGGACGACUGGUUGGCGGACGACCUGGGUCUGGGCGCGGCUGUGGUGGCUGCCCGGCGCAUUUCCACCAACAGCUGGUCUUCUAGUGCCACGGAUGGGGACGACUGGCUGGCGGACGACAUGGGGCUGGGCGCGGCUGUGGUGGCUGCCCGGCGCAUUUCCACCAACAGCUGGUCUUCUAGUGCCACGGAUGGGGACGACUGGCUGGCGGACGACAUGGGGCUGGGUGCGGCUGUGGUGGCUGCCCGGCGCAUUUCCACCAACAGCUGGUCCUCUGCCGCUACGCCCUCCCGCACAAGCACUCAGCUCAACGGCUUCCUCUGCCAGGAGAUGGCGGAUCUGGCUCAGCGGCUUUGCAGGGACGACCUAGCAACUGGGGGAGGGGCGGACGCGUCAGCAGUAGCAGGAGGAGGAGGAGGGUCAGGGAGCAACAGUAGCAGCAGCAGCAGAAGCAUCUUUGAUCGGUCGACAGGGUCAGCAGCGGAAUGUGCAGCCGUGAUGGUGUUAGAGGGGGAGCAGCAGCAGCCGCAGCAGCAGCAACAGCCGCAGCAUCAGGAGCAGCAGCAGCAGCAGGUGCAGCAGCAGCAGGUGCAGAGGGGGGCCAGUGCGGACUCGUGCAUGGCAGAGCAAGGCCCCCGCCGCUCUUCCUUUUCAGACUUCACGAGCGAGAGAGAAGGGGCGCGGUGGGAGGAGGGCCUCUCAGGGCGCGUGGAGGGUGAAGGGGAGAUGCAGAGAAGAAACAGCGACAGCUCUCAGCGGCCUGUGUGGUGGGGGAGACGCCUGGGGAGGGAGGAGCAGGGGCAGGGGCAGGGGCAGGAGCAGGGGCUGGGGCAGGGGCAGGGGGGGAAUGCUUUUUGGGAGACAAUGAAAGGUGCUCUGCGUGUGCAGCAGCAGCAUGGGCGCAGCAUGCCUGGCUUGGACUCUCGUCCAGCAACAACGCCUUUUGAGGCGCCUCAAAAGUCGCUGCAUGUGCAGCAGCAUGGACGCAGCAUGUCUGGCUUGGACUCUCGUCCAGCAACAACGUUUGGAACAACGCCCCCUGUAGCAGCACAGCCUUCUUUAGCAGCAACAGAAACACCUUCAUUAGCCCCCGUAGCCCCCUCGCCUCCCCGCUGCCUGCUCUUCUCCCCUGCUGACCUAGCCACCAUCACCGACGGAUUCGCCCAGGAGAACUUUCUUGGAAGCGGGGCGUACGGCCCCGUGUAUCGCGGCCGGCUGGAUCCGACCAAUCACAGCACGCCAGCUGGCAGCGAGGAGUCGUUCGAAGGUGCACAGCAUGGUAACCAGAGUGGUAACCAGAGUGGUAACCAGCUCAGUAACCAGGGUGGUAACCAGAGUGGUAACAGCAGCACGGAGGGCACUCAAGUGGCAGUGAAGGUGCACCGAUCAGGCAGCAAGCAGGAGGCGAUACAGGCGUUUGUGAGGGAGGUGGAUAUUCUCCUGCGCGUGCAGCACACGCACAUCGUGCGCCUCGUGGGGCGCUGUGACCAUGAUUUGUCGCUCGUGUAUGAGUUCAUGGCUGGAGGGAGUUUGCAGGACCAGCUGUUGCGGGCUAAGAAUGGGGUAUCUGAUACAGUUGCAGCAGCCGGAGCGGCAGGAGCAGCAGCAGCAGCAGCAGCAGCAGCAGCAGCAGCAGCAGCAGCAGCAGCAGAGGGAGCAGCAGCACUUGUAGCAGAACCAGGGGCUGGGGCAGCAUCAGCAGCAGCACCCGCUCCCGCACCGGCCUCCAACUUCCCGCUCCCCCUCCACCUCUUGUGGCGGGACCGAAUGCGCAUCGCAGCAGAAAUCGCCUCGGCCUUACUCUGCCUGCACCAGUCCCACCCGCCCAUCCUCCACCGCGACCUCAAACCCGACAACAUUCUCCUCGACCAAUCACGCACCAGCAAGGUCGCUGACGUGGGCCUCUCGUGCGUCGUCCCGUCGUCCAACGUGGUCUUUACGAGAAAAGUCCGCGGCACGAUCGGGUUUAUCGAUCCCGAGGCGGUGGAAUCCGGGGAGUUGACGACAAAGUCGGAUGUGUAUGCGUACGGGGUGGUGCUGAUGCUGCUGCUGACCCGCUUCCCUGCUGCUAGAGACCUGCACAGGUAUCUGAGCUCGCUGCCGUUUGAGGUUAUGCGGAACCCUGCGCGUGCUGCGACUGCAGUUAUCGCGGGGAUGGGAAGCAGUGGCAGUGCCAGCACCAGCAGCACCAGCAGCACCAGCACCAGCACCAGCACCAGCACCAGCACCUCCACCACCACCAGCAGCAGCAGUGGUAGCAGCAAGAGCGACAGCAGCAGCAGCAGCAUGGGGCAGUUGGAUCCGUCGGCAGGGGAGUGGGAUGUGGGGCUGGCUCACCGGCUGCUGGUGGUGGCGCUCAGGUGCCUGGAGAGGACGUCAGAGCGACGGCCGUUCAUGGAAGAGGUGAUGGAGGCAGUGGGGGCAGUGGCCAGGGAUGCUGCAUCCAGAAUAGACACAUCUCACAAGGUGUCCACAUGCGGGAUGAGGCUUUUCCUCGCGUGCAUUCUCCUCCUCGCAGCGACUUCCGCCUUGGCGCAGCGUGGUCCGCCUGGCGGAAGCCGUCCCGGCGGCCAGGGGCCCGGGGGGCCGCGCGGAGGCCCCGGUGGGUCCAGCGGGGCCGGCGGCGCAUCUGGCGGUCCUGGCGGGCCUCCGGGGCCUCCUGGCGGGGAGCCGCGCGGUCCUCCGCUGAACUUGACGGUCGUCGGGAAUCCGACGGCCGACGUUGGCGCGCGGUUGGCCAACUGCUCCGCAGAUCAGGAAAUCCUUGACGGCCGCUUUCACCUCGCCAUUUUCAAAUGCAAACCUUUUUACCCGCUUGAAGCAGAUACGAUCGUUGUCUCCCCCCCUACCGUCCCCCCUUUCCCGUCAUUUCGCUCAUCUCUUUCCUCCUCCCGCACUUUUCUCUUCCUCGCUCGCAGAAACUCCACCGGCAACUACAACCUCGUCGUAGACGCUCUCCUAGUCGGCGCCGCCGGCGGCCCGCCCGACUCGCUCGCGAUCGUGCAGGGCGCAGUCUGCGACUCCUCCGCUUCCGCCGCCCUGGCGCUGCCGGUCUCCGCGUCCGACUGGCAGCAGCGCGCGGGAUGGUGGCUUCUGCACGCGGAAGCGCGCCUCGACGCGUUCCUCGAAAACGCGGACGCCGCCACCGUCGAGGCGCUCCUCGCCGUCGUCCCGAACGCGACGCUCCCGCAAGGCGGUGGGCGCGGCGGCGGCGGAAGCGGCGCGGGGGGCGCGGGGAAAGGGCAGGGCAGCAGGCGCAUGGGGCUGGGGGUGGGGAGGCUGCUCCUCCGCGCGCUGACCUCCGCCAAGCAGGGGGGACGGCAACAGGGAGGCCAGCCGCAGGGAGGGCAGCAGCAGCCGCCGCCUCCAGGUGCUGGGGCGAGCGGCGGAAUGAACAGCACAGUGACUGGAUACGCGGUGCUGGUUGGAAGCAGCGCGUCGGGGGUGACCUGGGGUGGGCAGCUGAUGGGGGUGAAAAUGCCCGCCGCUCCUUCCACUGCUUGA